AUGGAGAAGAAGGCCAUUGGCAAUGCCAGUAGUGACGAUGAUGUGCUUGAGCAAUUGGGAUAUACGCAAGAGCUCAAGCGCAACUUUGGGCUGCUGGGAAUGGUUGGCUUCUCGUUCAGCAUCGUUUCAUCAUGGACAGCAGUCUCCGGCGUUCUCAUCAUCGGCGUUGAAUCUGGAGGUCCUCCUGUUAUGAUAUGGGGCUGGCUCGCAGUCUGCCUGGUCACUCUGACGGUGGCGUAUUCCAUGGCUGAGAUGUGCAGCGCAUACCCUGUUGCUGGCGGACAAUACAGUUGGGUGGCGAUACUUGCGCCGUCCAGAUACGCCAGAGGUCUCAGCUAUGUCUGCGGAUGGUUCAUGUUGAUCGGUAUCAUCUGCAUGGGCGCAGUCAACAACUUUGUAGCUGCGAACUUCAUCCUGGGCACGGCACAACUGAACUACGGAUUCACGAUUGAGCGCUAUCACACCGUCCUGGUAGCCUACCUGAUCACAAUCGUCGCCGUUGUAUCGAACAUCUACCUUCCCCACAUCCUCAACAAGCUGUCGAAAGCCAUCCUCUGCUGGAGUCUGCUCUCCUUCUUCGUCUGCCUAAUCACGAUCUUGACGACGAACAAGAACAAACAAUCAGCUAGCUACGUCUUUACCGAUUUCCAGAACUUCACCGGUUGGGGCGCAUCAUAUGCCACGGCCCUGGCACUGCUCCAAAGUGCGUUUGGAAUGUGCUGUUAUGACGCUCCAUCGCACAUGACGGAAGAAAUCAAGGAUGCGCGCAAGCAAGCCCCCCGAGCUAUCAUCAUGUCCGUCUACAUCGGGUUCUUCACAGGGUUCAUCUGGCUGAUCGCGCUCUGCUUUUGCAUUGGCGACCUCGAGACCACUGGAGCGACUCCUACAGGCGUGCCAGUUAUUGAGAUCAUAUACCACUCCACGAAAAGCAUUGCGGGCGCAUCGACACUGACGUCGAUGAUUUCCAUCAUCACGCUGGUGGCCGCCAACUCGCUGAUGGCGGAAGGGUCAAGAGCUGUGUAUGCUUUUGCGCGCGAUCAAGGCCUGCCAUUCUCGAACACGCUCAGCAAGGUCUCCUCGCGAAGUGUGCCUGUCCACGCUCUGCUUUUGGUUGCCGUCGUGCAAGCUGCUUUCAAUUCCAUCUACUUUGGAACAUCGACGGGGUUCAAUACCAUCAUCGCCAUCGCUACGCAAGGAUUCUAUCUUUCCUACCUCAUGCCCCUUCUCUCCCGCAUACUUGCGCAUUUUUCGGGCAAGAAGACUCGACUCGAGGGAUCGUACUCGCUCGGGCGGUGGGGUAUUGUGUUGAACAUCAUUGGGUUUCUCUUCCUGGGUUUCAUCUGCGUGAUUGCGAAUCUGCCCAGCGUCACGCCUGUGACCAGCGAGAACAUGAACUACACAUCGGCAGCAACAGCUUUUGUCAUGUUGAUCGCUGCGAUUUUCUGGAUUACAACUGGGCGGAAGACGUUUACUGGACCUGAUGAUGGCAAUCUGCUGGAUGUGGGGAGACAUGUCGGGUAG